AUGGUCAAAAUUUUCUACUUCAUUCUGAUUUUCUCAAUUAUUACUGAAGUUACAAGUUAUCAACAACAACAAGAAGAAGAAGAAGAUUGUAUUGUUGAAACCGAAUGUCCGGAAGGUUGGAGGAAAUUCAAUAGGAAAAUGGGUGCUUGGUGUAUUUCGUUGGUGGUUAAUGGGGUGAAAUCACAAAAGGAGGCGCAGGUGAAUUGUGAGAGGAUGGGAGCGACAUUGUCAGGGAUUGAGAGUCAGGGCGAAUACAGUUAUGUUCAAUGUAAGUUCGUAAAUAAUGGUUUGGUUUCAUGAUUCUUAAUCUGAAAAUUGCAGACAAAGGAAACCAAAUCAACAAAAAUUUGAACGAAGUAACAUGGUUGUGGAUUGGGGGCAAAAGACGUUCGGAAUGUCUGAGUCCAAAAGGUUCAGCUGCAGAAUGUCAACCAAUGGCCAACAAUGCGUUCGAAUGGAGCGACGGUGUCGCAGUUGGAACAAGUCAGAUGAGAUGGGCGGCAGGGCAACCGGAUAACUUUAGGUAAGAAUACGAUGAUCUGGCUAUGAAUACAAAUUAUAAGGUUUCAGAGGAAAUGAGGAUUGCCUUCACAUGCAAUUUGAUCAAGCCCAGCGCAAUGGUGUAAUGAAUGAUUAUCCGUGUGAUCAAGUGGCUGGUGGUUAUCUUUGUGGAAAACGAGCGAGUAUUCUAGAGUAA